UGAGGAGACAGCAGGCAUCUCUUCUCCAGCAGGCUCUCCUUUAGCACUUACCCCAUCAACACUAAAAUGGCAUUUAAAUCAAAGUCCAGAGGAACAAUAAAGGAUUUCCCUGGAUUUAAGCCAAAUGAUGAUGCCGAAGCUCUUCGCAAAGCAAUGAAGGGAUUGGGCACUGAUGAAGAGACCAUCAUUAAGAUACUUAUAUCUAGAAGCAAUGCUCAACGUCAAGAUAUUGCUGUUUCCUUCAAAACCUUGUUCGGCAGGGAUCUUGUUGAUGAUCUAAAAUCGGAACUAUCUGGUAAAUUUGAGAAAUUGAUCGUUGCUCUUAUGACUCCAUCCCCUUUGUAUGAUGCCUAUGAGCUCAGACAUGCAAUGAAGGGAGCAGGCACAUGUGAGAAUACGUUGAUAGAGAUCCUUUCCUCCCGUACUACAGAGGAAGUGAGGCACAUCAAACAGGUUUACAAACAAGAAUAUGGAUGUGAAUUGGAAGAUAGCAUCACCGGAGAUACAUCUGGAUACUUCCAAAGGAUGUUGGUUGUCCUUGUACAGGCCAACAGGGAUCCUGACUCUAAAGUGAAUGAUUCUCUUGUUGAACAAGACGCACAGGAUUUGUUCAAAGCUGGAGAACUGAAGUGGGGCACAGAUGAAGAAAAGUUUAUUACUAUUUUGGGAACCCGCAGCAUUCAUCAUUUGAGAAAAGUAUUUGAUAAGUACAUGACGAUCUCUGGGUUUCAAAUUGAAGAAAGCAUAGACCGGGAGACAUCUGGCCACAUGGAGAAGCUGCUUCUUGCAGUCGUGAAGAAUGUUAGAAGCAUUCCUGAAUACUUUGCAGACACUCUGUAUCAUGGAAUGAAGGGGGCUGGCACUGAUGACUGUACCCUUAUUAGAAUUAUGGUUUCUAGGAGUGAGGUCGACUUGCUUGAUAUCAGGGAGAAAUUCCGCAGGAACUUUGGCAAAUCCCUGCAUGCUAUGAUUAAGAGUGACACAUCUGGAGACUACAGGAAUGCGCUCCUCCUAAUCUGUGGUGGGGAUGAUGACUAGUUCAAUAGAAAGCAGCUUUGGGCAGUUGUUUUUUAGAACUCUAGAACAGCUACCAUUUCUAAUAUUGCUUAUAUUACUCAACAAUUUAAUGUGUACAUUUUACAGGUAAAGCUAGAAAUACAGCUGGUCAUAAGCCUCCAGCAGUAGUCUUUUUCUGCAUUCUAGGGCUGCACUGUGGCUGCUCUUAUAUAUCAUGUUGGACUAGUUUAUUAGUAAUGUUAUCUACCCCAUUACCAAACAUGUGAGACUGUUACAUUGCCGUUGGUCCAAAUCCUUUCAUUUUUACAUUCAAGCUUAUUUCUAAUUGUUAGUUAACCUGCAUUUAUUUGUAUGCUUGGCCUGUGCUAUAAAGUCACAAGAAAUAAACCUUUUUGUCUAAAAA